UAUAUAUAGUUUAAGGAAAUUAAAAAAUAAAUCAGUCAUCAGUUACCAGAGAAAACGGUCGUUCGCAUUCAUCACUAGAAAGAAAAUUCCCGGACGAGCCCCCACCAGAAGAAGUCAUCCUCCCCUAGAAGGAAGCAUCAUCGCCCAGGAAGUACAGUCCGCUGGAGAACCGUAGCCAGCAUAAAAGCGUACUUCCGCUCUUAUGCCCUACUUGCUUCUCCCCGGAUAUCCGAAAACUUUAAUCGUAAAGUCUUAAGGCAAAUUAAAAAGAAUUUGCGACAGGGAACAGUCAGUCGCUCUGACGGCUGACAUUUUGGUGGCUCCAGAGAGGAGCGUAUCGCAAAUUCUUUUAACUUGCUUAAGCUUUAUCAAAAGACUCUGGAAUAGUUGCUUUAAACUAUUUUGGAGAAUAUUUGUUGAAAAAAAAAAUUAUUAUCAUUGCCAUUAGCAGUAGAUAAUUUGAGUUUCGGGAACUUUCUAAAUAGAUUAACAUAGCAAUUCUCUGUACUAAAAUGGAGUUUGUGGCUAAUCCAAAUGGACAUUGUCGCCUUUGCACGAAGAAAGAUCGUGCAAUGGUCGAAAUGAUAACUUGCGAUGAUUGUGAUAGGUGGUUCCACUUAUCUUGUGUGAAUCUUGAUAAACGGCCACCAAGACCAGAAGACUGGUAUUGUGUAAAAUGUCAGCAGCGGAAUAAAGAAUACGCUGCAAUGACAAAAGACUUGGAGAUGAAAAAUAUGGCUCUCCAAGCAGAGGCUUCAACCAGCAAUGGGGCGAUUUUUGAGUUGAUGCGAAUACACGAGAGGACAAUGUCAUCCCUCGUGACGUCAUUUCAAAAUAAGAAUUUAAGUGAUGACUCCAUGUCAGAAAACUCGUCUGAUUGGACAGUCUACCUAAAAAGACAAGCAUUAGUAGCUUUGCCUAAAUUUAGCGGAAAUGCCAGAGAAUGGCCUAAAUUUAAGAAAAUUUUUGAAGAGACCACAAAAGAAGGUCAAUUCAAUAAUUUAGAGAACCUAUCUAGGCUCCAAACGGUAUUGGAAGGUAAGGCUGCAAGAUGCGUUCAGCAACUCAUGCUGGACCCAGAAAAUAUAAACGAGAUCAUGAACAGACUUGGAGAAGUAUUUGGAUCUCCAAAAAUCGUCUUUGAAGAAUUAGUUCAUGAACUAAAUAAGGCAAAAAGAGACGUCGUGGAAAUAUCAGACGCUCUAGAAAACUUAGUCAAUAAUAUGACUAUGUUAGACGCAAAAGGUUAUCUAUAUGAUAACCGGUUGAUAGAUGAUACGGUUAAAAAACUACCGUUCAAUCUUCAAAUAAAGUGGGUCGAGACGUUACAGUCUAAUGCUGAAAAGAAUCGUAUUCCUACAGUAGUUGACUUGUGUAAUUGGUUAAGACCAACGGCAAAAGUAUAUAGGGCAACGUCACAGGUGAAAUCAAAAACAGCCGGUGACGAAAGGAGAAUUCACUUGCACCAAGAUUCUCCAAAGAAGUACACUGAGCCGAGACGUCCACCCCAAGGAAAAUGUGUAACCUGCACAUUAGAUCACAAUUUAGAAAAUUGUGAAAGCUAUGUUAACUACAGCAGCAGUUCUCAGCACGGCGAAUUCCUUAUUAGUAACACCGGUCGAGCAAGAUGGGGUAUUUCUCGACCACAUAGGAACUACUUUUAUGAAACGGGGCAUAUGGCGGACGAAUAUAAAUACGUCGAUAUCGCCGAAUGA